GCCGGACCGACGGACGGACGGAGAGCAGCAGCAGGAGCAAGCGCUCCUGCUCCCGACCCGCCUGCGGCUGUCGCUCCCCCGGGGGAAGCACCCGGUGGCCAGGCAGACCCCUCCGGCUGCCCCCCGGCCGGGGGUGACGGCGGGGCCGGCCCCGGGGCUGUGGGGGCGCUGCGGGACGCGGGUCCCCGGAGCCGGGGGGGCCACGCUGCGCCCCCCCGCGCCCCCUCCGUCUAGCAGAGCCCCGGCAAGCGCGGCGGAGCCCGGGUCCGUCGCGCCGAGCCCCGGCUAUGCCCAAAAGUAAGGCCAAUAGGUGGCCAGGUGCGGGGACGCGGAGGCUGGCGCCUGCGUCCGAGCCCACCUCCGGCAACGGGAGGGAGACAAAGACGGCGGGAGAGGCAGAGUUGCCCGUAAGUUUAGCGCCAGCGCAGCCUUGAGCCGCGGAGAUAAAUGGGAGCUCGGAGGUGCGCGCACUUAAUCACGGCGCCGGCUGCCUUCCAGCGUGUGCAACCCGCCGAUCAUUAGGUUAAAUGGAGGACAUUCGUGUCCUUCCCGAAUCAAUGCAAUUAUUGUUGGCAACGAGGACAGCAAUUGGAGUGGCAGCGCUAAUUUUACUAACCUGCUAUUAAUUAUGGUGUCCCCCACGCCCCAGACGGCGUUUAUAACCCGAGGAGGCAAGCAGUGCUGGCUGCUGCUGUUUUAAAAGGAAAAGUUGGAACCCGAGCGUCUGGUCGUGUUGGAAAGUGUUAAUCAGCAGGAAAGAGUGUGAUCAGUGGAGCUAUUCACUUGAACGUCACUCUAGUACAGGGGGUUAGUGAAGUGAUUGUGGCGCCUGGGGACCGAAGGCACUGUGCCACUCCAGUCAGGUAUUAUACACUGAGAAAUGUCUACAUUAGUUCUUCGUAGCUCCCUGCAAAGUGAGCCAGCGCAGACAAGAGGAGAGAAGCCCUGCCAUGGCACAGCUCUCGCUACGAGGUUUUAGCCGAAGCCUGGUGUGAUCGCAGAUUGUUUGCCAAGAGGAUUGAAGACUACAAAAUGAAAGCAUUCAAACGGAUAGCUUGGAACAACCGCUUUUACACGUAGUUGUAAUCUGCGUAAAUUAAUUAGCGGCGCUUUCUUAUGCAACUGUUUUGUUUGUCAUCAUAGUUGUGCUGAUCACAAGCCAUUAGGUGGGAUUGUGCAGCAUCUAGGGACCUGUGGUUACCAAUCAAUUGGUACAGUAGAGCAGAGCAAGGCUGCAAUAGCGUGCAGAUCAGACGUCUCGCCUUGUUUCUAGAUAACUGGGAGCCUCUGUACCAUGUCAUAUCCUCAGUUUGGCUACCCUUACUCCUCUGCACCCCAGUUCCUGAUGAGCACCAACUCCCUGACGACCUGCUGCGAGUCCGGCGGCCGGACGCUGGCCGAGACGGGGGCGGCCGCCUCCGCGCAGACCCCGGUCUAUUGUCCUGUGUACGAGAGCCGCCUGCUCGCCACCGCCCGCCACGAGCUCAACUCCGCCGCCGCCCUGGGGGUCUAUGGCGGCCCCUACGCCGGCCCCCAGGGCUAUGGAAACUACGUGACCUACGGCACCGAGGCUCCCGCUUUCUACUCCCUGAACAGUUUGGAGGCGAAGGACGGCGGCGGCUCUGCGCAUGCGGGCAUCGCCCCGGCGACUGCCUACUACCCCUACGAUCACACCCUCAGCCAGUACCAGUACGACAGGUACGGCGGGAUGGACGGCGGGACGCGGCGGAAAAACGCCACCCGGGAGACCACCAGCACGCUGAAGGCCUGGCUGCAGGAGCACCGCAAGAACCCCUACCCCACCAAGGGAGAGAAGAUCAUGCUGGCCAUCAUCACCAAGAUGACCCUCACCCAGGUCUCUACCUGGUUCGCCAACGCCCGCCGGCGGCUCAAGAAAGAGAACAAGAUGACCUGGCCUCCGCGGAACAAGUGCUCGGACGAGAAGCGACCCUACGAGGAAGAGGAGGAGGAGGAGGAGGGCUCGCAGGAAGACACGAUGAUGAAGAACGAGAAAGCCGAGGAGCCCACGGGCAAGGAGGAGAAGGAGCUGGAGCUCAGCGACCUGGAGGACUUGGACGCCGCCGAGUCGGAGAGCUCCGAGUGCGAGAUGAGGCGGCCCUUCCCGCACGCACUGCCGCAUCCGCACCCGCUGCCGGGCGGCGGCCCCCCGCCCCGCGCCGCCGAGCCCCCCGCCAAGCUGCCGCUGCCGACCGCCGUCGACGAAGAGGAAGAGGAGGAGGCGGAGAGGGCCCGCAGCUGCCUGAAGCCGGCGGCCGAGGAGUGCGAGGCGGCCCUGCUCGGCGCCCGGCCCCGCGGCUGCGAGCCCAAAAUGUGCUUCCCGCAGGGACAGCAGCUGCUGGAGGCGAAGCCCAGGAUUUGGUCCCUGGCGCAGACCGCCACCUCCCUCAACCAGGCCGAGUACCCCUCAUGCAUGCUGAAGCGGCAGGGGGGCUCGGCCGCCACUGCUGUCUCCACCCCGGUCAAUGUCAUCGACAGGCACCAGGAUUCACCGGUCACCAACCUCAGGAACUGGGUGGACGGGGUGUUUCACGACCCCCUGUUCAGGCACAGUACUUUGAACCAAGCCUUGAGCAACACCACAGUGUCCUGGGCUACCACCAAAGGAGCCAUUCUGGAAACGGGCGCCUUGGGACGCUCGGUAGGCAACGGCGCCAACGUGCUCAAGGGGCAGCUGUCAAACCUGGCCCACCACGACUCGAGCAAGGAGUUUAUUGCGUUUCCCAAAGCAGGAAGCAAAAUGUUUUGCUCUUAACGGCCCCACCGAGGGGCAAAGAACUUCCCUGCACUGGAAGAGUCAGCUACACUGAAAAGAGACUUGUGAGAGUUUAAAUAUAAAACUUUUUCUUUCCUGUUUUUUUUUUUUUUUUUUCUUUUUAACAACAGAAACGAGGAUUUAAAGUUCAGUUUGCUCAGUUCAAAGGACAGACGCCUCACUGCUCUUCUGAAGAAUUAAUUUCUCCUGGCUGCGACUUUAAGGGAUCAAUGUCGUGAAAGUUAUUUAAUUCCAUGUCCAAAAGCACGUACUAUAGUGUAGACCUACUUACAAAGUUUACAUCCGAAAGUUUACAAAUGAGAAAUUUUAAUUCAGAUUUAAUUUAAGGCAUGCCGAUAUUAGUUAUAAAGACUUUUUGAGAGUUUUUCGUCCUAAUUUCCUUGUUAGCAUAUAAUUCACAAACAGCACUUCUACUAAGUUUACACCUACUGCACAAAUUUAUCUUGACAACAAAAAAAAAAAGAGAAAUAUGUUAAAAGGUAUGUUCACUCAAAUAAAUUGUCUGUUUCAGAGGUAACAAGCGUGGUGGCCUUUUGCAUUGCACAAACAUAUUCCAGGUUUCCAAAUUCCCUCUUCGGCUCGUUUUAAGGGCUGGCACCG